ACUCGACUAGACGAUCACCGGUGCCCUGGAUUCAAAGUGCGUCUGCCUUGCAGCAUAAGUGCGGGCGGACCUGAUGUUACAUUCACUGGACAAAAUAAUCACAGAUUUUCUAGUUAUUGGAAUAAAAGCUUUCCAGGUCAUCUGAGCUCUCGUUUUAUGGCUCGCGGCCUGACGCCAUCUCAUCUCUUUGAUCAAAUUGAAGUGAGCUUUUUCGAAACUCAGUCCUGUUUGCUUUCUGCUAAGUCUGAACAUUAGAUAUCGCAAUCAAUUUUCAAAAGCAAUAAAGAAACCCGGAAGACGGUGGGGUGGACCGGGAUUCGUCGUCAUAGUAAUGAUGAAUAGUAGAACUUAGUAUUGGCCUCCUUUACACGUUUUGGGUUUUUUUUGCAUAGUUUUCCAACAUUAAUGUCUAAGAUCAUCCAACCAAAUGUAAAACCAGACAAAUAUCACCCAGGUGAAUUAAAAACAAAAGCAAAAAAAAACUCUUCAGUUACAGAACCUGUGUUCAAAAGUAACGCCCCUCUAAAGCUAAGAACCGGUUUCGGGCGUCCUCGGCAGGAGGAACGUUUGAAUCCAAUCAAGCGUUCGCGCCAGCUCCCCACUCCGUGGGGACGUUUUGGCUCCUCCUCCUCGCUUACUUGUUUGCGUUCAGCAAACGUGAAGGAUUUCCGAGCCCCAACGGCCGUUUGAAAAUCUGGUUUCAACUUGACUUGGCCACUCCAAAGCCGUCAUUUUGUGUUUUUAAGCCAUUGAAAAGUUGGCUUGCUGCUGUAUUUUGGGUCAUUGUCCCGCUGCAGAACUGAAAUGCGCUUCAGCUUGAGGUCACAAACUGAGUGCUUCGGGAUUUUCUGUUGCGAUCACAAUUAGGUGGUUCCAUCAAUCUCAGCAAGUUGUCCAAGUCCUGAAGGCGAACAGCAGCCCACAAGACUGAUGUGGGUGCCAUUUUUGCCCUGCAGUCUCUUCCUUGCACUUGCGUCACGAACUCUGACCUUAUGUGUGGCGAAGGAGUUCCUUUGUGGCCUCCUGGAUGAGUCAUCUCACGAGAUUUCAGUCACGGAAAAGAUCUCCCCAGAUUCUGGAGGGAAGGAGGUCGGCGUCGGCAGAGCGGAGAGGCUACGGGGUCUUCGGUCACUGUAGGGUUGACCCAGAUUUUAGUUGGCUUUGAGCAGGAGUUUGAAGAUGAUUCCCUCGGGGGGGGAGCCAGUGGGGCCAAUACUGGGCUCAGCCUGAAUAGUGAAUGUGUGCUGAUCUGAAUUUCCAUCUCUAGUUUUGAACGGGCUGAGGAGAAACGCGACAGUCCCAAUCGUUUUCAUCAGAUGUUGGAGACGGCGAGAGCGACAAAUCUUUCAAUGAUCGGAGAAGGUCUCUUUUAUUUACUCUUCAAAUGAAAGCUUUUGAUCCAGGAUUAUGUCAGCUCGUCAGGGGAGGUAGUCGUCACUGUUGAUGGCGACGUUACGGACGGACGGAAUUAGGAAAUGUCGUUGUUUCGCGGAGUUUGCAAUUGCUCUGACCGCCGUCGGCCACCGUACGCGCAACUGUUUUUCCGGGUUUGCUGACGUGACGUCAUUGUAUAUCGCGACCUCAAUCCGGAAGUUGCCGUUCUUCUUUUUGGCUCGAACGUUUAACGUCGAAACGCGUCCAAGUUCCGUUUGAUUCUGAGCGAUAACAGCAGUUCCGCGAGGGGGCUCGUCGGUCUAAGUAUCCGCUUCAGAGUGCGCGCGCUUCGGUUUAACAAGUCGAACGGAACCGCUCGGGUCUGCUAGCAUCUUUUAGCCUGCGGAGGCUAACCGAGCGCUUCGGAUCGAACUGCGGGCAGCCGCCGGACCGGGAGAGUCCUUCGCGUCGGCUUUCGUUUGGAUUUCAAGCGGCUAAUAGUUCCGGCCGAGGCAUGUGGAGAGGUUCUUUGGAGGCGUUGGGCGUUCUUCUGCUGGCCGCCUUGUUGGGGAAUCUCGCUUUAGCUUGGUUUCAGCUCAACAAGCGCGAAGCCGAGGCGAGUGCGGAGCAACGCGAGCAGCUCGAGCAGCAGGAGCAGAGCUGCUUUUGCCACCUGACGGGCGUGCUGGACGACUGCUUCUGCGACGUGGAGAGCAUCGACGUCUUCAACAACUUCAAAAUCUACCCACGCAUCAAGAAACUGACGGAGAGGGACUACUUCCGCUACUACAAGGUGAACCUGAAGCGGGCGUGUCCGUUCUGGCCCGACGACAGCCACUGCGCCAUCAAAGACUGCCACGUGGAGGCCUGCCCGGAGAGUCAGAUUCCUGCGGGCAUCAAGUCUGGGAAUUACAACAAGUAUUCGCAGGCGGCCGACGACGCGACGGACCUGAGCGAGUGCCAGCAGGCCCGAGAGCUGGGAGCCAUCAACAGCACGCUCAGUCAUCGGAGCAAAGAAGCUUUUGCCGACUGGGCGCGACACGACGACGCUCAAGAUCACUUCUGCGAGCUGGACGAUGAGUCGUCCCCGGACGCGGAGUACGUGGACCUGCUGCUCAACCCGGAAGGCUACACGGGCUACAAGGGCCCUUCGGCGUGGAGGGUCUGGAACAGCAUUUACGAGGAGAACUGCUUCAAGCCCCGGUCCGUGUACCGACCUUUGAACCCCUUGGCCCCGAGCAGAGGAGACGACGGCGAGAGCUUCUACAACUGGCUUGAAGGUCUGUGUCUGGAGAAGCGGGUCUUCUACCGGCUGAUUUCGGGCCUCCACAGCAGCAUCAACAUCCACCUCUGCGCGCGGUACCUGCUCGACGAGGGUUGGGGCCGCUCGGUGUGGGGCCCCAACGUGGAGGAGUUCCGCUCGCGUUUCGACACGGCCGAGACCAAGGGCGAGGGCACGCGGCGCCUGAAGAACUUGUACUUCCUGUACCUGAUGGAGCUGCGCGCGCUCUACAAGGUGGCGCCGUACUUCGAGCGCGCCGCGGUGCACCUGUACACGGGGAACGGGCGCGACGACGCCCGCACCAAGGAGCUCCUGCUGCAAGUCUUCCACGAGAUCAAAAUGUUCCCCAUGCACUUUGACGAGAAGUCCAUGUUUGCCGGACACCAGAAGGAAGCCAAAAGCCUGAAGGAAGAAUUCCGUCUCCACUUCAAGAACAUCUCCAGGAUCAUGGACUGCGUCGGCUGCACCAAAUGUCGACUUUGGGGAAAACUGCAGACCCAAGGCCUGGGCACGGCCCUGAAGGUCCUGUUCUCGGAGAAUCAGAUCAAGAACCUUCCGGAACGUUCUCCCUCCAAGGGGUUCCAGCUCACCCGCCAGGAGGUCGUCGCCCUCAUCAAUGGCUUUGCCAGGUUGUCCACCAGCAUCCACCAGCUGCACAACUUCCGGCUGCUGCUCAAGGAGAAAAGGUAACAGGAAGCAGGGAGCCGGCCGCCCGCCCGUCCGUCCGUUUGCAUCGCGGACAUGUUUGGAGUUUUGGCGCGAUUUGGACCUUUUGGAGGACGUUGGGUCGUUACGGCCGAUGUGGACUGCGUGCGGACCUCCGCUCUUUCUUUGAGGAAGAACAUUGAAUUUGAAACAAUAUUUUGUGUGUUUUAAGAUGGGAUUUCCUUCUUGUCGUGCAGUCAAAGGAUGUGAAGCUUCCACAUUUACUUUGUUUUCCUUGUCUAGGCCGUGGUCCGCUUGACUUUUUUGUGUGAUCAAUGAUUCUAGUGAGCAUUUUGUCUGCUUGAAAACUUAAUUAAAACAACGCAAAAUUG